UGCACUCUGUCAACGAUUCACAUCCUGCGGCAUGGACAGUCGCUUCAUAACAUAGAACGAGGUUAUCCUCAUAGGGACCCGACUCUGACGGAAGUUGGCCGCCAGCAAGCACGCAACUUAAGGCUAUUGACGGAGCCCGAUCUGAUCCUCAUAUCGCCCAUGACACGCACCAUCCAGACAGCCUUGCUUGCAUUUGGUCCUCUCAUCGACCGCGUGAAGGUCCAAAUCUGCCCAGAUCUACGGGAGGCUCACGAUGCCGUCUGCAAUAUAGGCGUUGGUCGAGCCGACCUGAUAGCCAAGUUCCCCCAAUUUGACUUCUCAGCAUGUAGCCAGACGUGGGAUUACCCUCCACAUAGUGUCGAGUACGCCGCAAAGCGUGCGCAAGACCUGCGACAGCGUCUAAGUGUUCUAUCCAAGUCUUAUAAGAACAUCCUAAUCAUCACCCACCGGGGGUUCACUGCAUAUCUUGUCGAGGGAUCAAGAUACGAUUUCUGCGAGUCCCGCUCAUAUAAGUUCGCUACAGAGGAUGACAUCCUCUCGGAAAGGUAUGGCAUCCAUAUCGACACAGGCCUGGAGCAAGACUUUGGUCCGGCCUUAUUGCUGCAGAACGCCUCUACGGACUUGGUAGAUUCUAGUGACCACUGA